AUGGAAGAGCUCUGCACACAGAGUCAGAAGUGUAGGGAUGAACUGUCCCAGCUCAACCACACGGUCCUGCAGCUCGGAGAGGAGGCCUCUGCCCACCAGGCCCAAAGCGAGAAGAAGCACAUCACCGGCCAGCUGCUGACACGCAGAGUGGAGGAGGCCGAGCUCGGCAGGAGCUGCAGGUGA